AUGUGCCGACUAGCCCACCAACGCCUGUCACGAAAUUCGUCGUGCUUUUUAUUUCCUCAUUUUCCAGUCGAUUUUCACUCCAGCCAGAAGAAACUUUACUCCGGGACGGAAGAACGAGUCAACGUUCCGCUUCCCAGAGCUCCUGACACACCGCAGUCGCUGCAGAGAGCACUCAGCUCGAAGUGCCCGAAGUACACUCAGACGAACGGUGGUGUGGCUACAGAGAUAGACCAAUACUUAGCACUGAGUGUGAGUUACUUCAUUGACGUAGUGCAAAAGAUUGAGGCGGCGUACCCCGAAAGGAACCUUUUCGACAUCGCCAGUCUACUGCUGAAUUGGUUCACAGUGAGCGACUACGAGCUCGCCGACAGCAACAAAGUUGGCCGGGACCUGAGCGAGCAGAUGACCCUGGAGACUUGGCUGAGUCCGUGGCCUCGGGGCCUGGAAGAGCAUCCUGUGACGUUCAACAAGAGCAUCCUCACCGAGAGAGAAAUGUGCGCCCUCUUCCUCAUGCUCCACCACUCCUUUCAUGAGAACAGACAGAACGACAGCGACUUCACUGUUGAGAAGGGCGUGGCGCAAGUCAGCUGGGAAGCGCCCAAGAUCGCCGUGGCUCUGGGCAAAGUGCUGCAGGGCAUCGUCGUAGGCAUGAUUCAGAGGUCGGGAAACCUCACCGACAUCUGGCAAGCGGACGAGCCAGCCAAUGAAUCUCGAAUUCCGCCCAUAGACCCUCUCCUGUCGGCUACGAUCGGUGUGGUUCUGGCCGUUUCAUCAGUGGAGAGCUUGCUGCACCGCCAUGGUGGAAGUGUCAUCGGCCAUGAAGGAGUCUGGAUUGGAGAGUCCUGCCCCGGCGCAUACAAGACGGGAGGGAAGCGACACUGGUGCUCUUACAGCGUGCUACGAGGUGCAAUCGACGGCCUUCUCCUCGGCAAGCACGCCCGCCUCAUCGCAUCCCGAGGCGUGCCCCUGAGUCGGCUGCUGAGUCUGUACUACGGCGUUUCUGGCGUUCCCCGAGCUGUGCCCGGUUUUCCGGGGUUGUCCGUGUGCGGCCGACGAGAGUUGCUGUAUCCGUACCUGCGAGACGGCCUGCUCGAGGGCAACGUGAGCCACAUGGCUCGUGCCUACCUGCUGCACCGCUACGGCCAAAGUUCGAAGAGGCUCAGUCUAUUCGUGGCCGCGGCCACGGACGAAUUCUUACAGAGGCUGAGACGCGACCUGCUCAGACACCCUGCAUUUUGCGACCGCUACCCUCCAACAGCAGACCAAGCGGAGUGCAGAACACCGGGUGACAUCUUCGUCGUGAUGGAUGCCGACGCAUACGCGAACGAUCUGUGGAUGACACAGCAAAGAAGGACCGUCGAACUCUUGGCGCAGCGCCUGAACAUUGGCAGCCACAGCGGCCGCUUCAUGCAUCUCUACGUUAACAAGCGCGACAUCGACGGGGCACUACAGCUGCAGUUGGCGAACGAGACGUCGUCAUCGACUAUCAGCUGCUAUGCGCGUAGUGCAAACUUCUCCGAGAUUGCAACAGACAACGAGGUCGCCGUGCUAGAGUCCCUAAGAAACCUGCUGUCCAACAGCCUAAACAGGAACAGUGGCCCACUCACUCCAUCAACGACCAUCGUUAUAUUCAAAUUCGGCCACCUGCGCUCUUCACAUCAACGGUUAAAACCAUUGUUACCAAGAGUUCUUGAAAAUAACGAAGGUGCCGGAUCCAUCAUUGCCGUUGGGAACAAUGUGACGUCACUGAGACAAAUGGUGCGCCGAGAAGGCAGGGACAUGGCUAAAGACCACGACAAAGUCAUUCUGCUAGCGGCCACUGAGGACGCAGCUACGGACGUCGCAAAUAAAAUAGCGGACGAAGCAUGCACAGCUCCAGCACUUCUUCGUUGCUUGAAUGACGGAGCAGAAAGCAAGGAAAGGUUCUCCUUUCAAGGCGGCGUCACGGAGAAUGGUGUUGUCUACCUUAUGAUGGAUCCUGAGGACUACGACAAUUUCGAGGACCUACACAUAAAGAUUGAAGCCAUUGACGGAGCACUGAAGGUCUGCCAGCAACGCUCACGAUUUCAACACUUGAAGCUGCAGGACUGUGACACCGUAUCCAAGAAUGAGCUGAUGUUCAGACCGUCCUGCAAAGACGAUCCCUGCAGACCACUUUAUCUGGCAAUCGUCGGGAUAUCGGAGGAGUGCUCUAGCUCUUGGAGGGAAUUUAACAGCACUUGUGCGCCAACUGGGAAAGUAGAAUAUCGCCUCACACUUAACCAUAUGAACAAUACGUUGACGGUUGGAGCAUGACAUAUUCAAGAGCUACGUUGAAGACUAUUUAUUUUUAUGAACAUUCAUCUCUUUUAGUGCUUUUGCAAAUAAAUAGCACUGAUUCUCUCCGUUUCUUAGCGGCGAUAAGACCACAAUUGGAAUGUGCCGUCAAUAAAACGAUUAAUGUU